UUCUUAGAUUCCUUUGACACUGUAAUUACUGAUUGUGAUCGUGUACUUUGGACAUGUAUGAAUCCUUUACCAAAUGCAGCAGAAGUUAUAAAUACUUUUCAGUCUCUUGGUAAAAAAGUAUUGUAUGUAACAAAUAAUAGCAGAAAAACUAGAGAAGAAUUUCUUAAGAAGUGCCAAGUUUUAAAUUUUAAGGCUACUAAAGAAGACAUUUUAUGUACAGCAAAUUUAUCAGCUUGUUAUCUACAAGAUUUAGGUUUUAACAAAAAAGUUUACAUUAUAGGAUCCAAAGCAAUAGCAAAAGAAUUAGAAGAAGCUGGAAUUUUACAUGUUGGUGUAGGACCAGAUCCUAUUAUUAAAAAUAAUCGAAAUUAUUCAUUUAAGAGGGAUGAUGAAGUAGGUGCAGUUAUAGUUGGUUUCGAUGAGCAUUUUAGUUAUCCAAAAAUGGUAAAAGCAGCCUCAUAUUUAAAUGAUCCCAAUGUAUAUUUCAUUGCCACAAAUACAGAUGAAAGGUUUCCUGUUGCUAACAAUAUUGUUAUACCUGGUACUGGAAGUAUAGUACGAUGUAUAGAAAGUUGUGCAGAAAGAAAAGCUGUAGUAAUGGGAAAACCUGAGCAAUACAUUACAGAUGUAUUAAUAAAACGAUUUCAAGUGAAUCCUGAACGUACAUUAAUGAUUGGAGAUCGACACAAUACAGAUAUAUUGUUAGGAACUCGAUGUGGUUUUAAAACACUAUUAGUUUUAACAGGAAUUACUAGUUUAGAAGAUGUAGAUAGGUGGAAACAAUCAUGUUGCAAACAAGAGAAAGAAUUCAUUCCUGACUAUUACAUUGAAUCACUUGGUGAUCUUUUACCUUAUUUAAAAAAAAUAAAAUAAAAAUUUGUAAUGAGC